AUGUCUACCGAAGAAAAAGAAGUAAAGGAAGUUAAGGAAAGGCAAAAGUGCUGCAAAGUCUGCUUUGGGAUAGGAAAAAUUGCAGCAGCCCCAUUUAUUCUUACGAAUAAAGUUUGCAGUGGACUUGAAAAAAUCGGGGAGAAAGUCAAUGAAACUCCUGACAGAGUGUUCAAGUCACCCCUGCAAGAAAAAACCAAAAGAUAUGAACCAGGGAACAUCGCAACAGGGCUUGCAGUGGGGACGGGGAAAAUGAUUAAGCGUUUUGCAGGAGGCAUUUUCGGGCUGGUUACUGAGCCUUAUAAAGGUGCCAAGCGAAAUGGAAUCAAAGGAGCCACAGCUGGCAUUGGCAAAGCUAUUUUAGGACUUGUAUGCAAGCCCAUUGCAGGGACUAUCGAUUUUGUGACUUUUUCAGUCCGAGGCGUAAAUAAUAUGCCUAGAAGCAUGUACAGGGGUAUGGCAAAAAUAUACUUAAAACGUAAAGAAAAAAAACUCGCCAGGCUUGAAGACGAAAAACUUGCAGCUUUAGAAGACUGCGCGCCUUCAGCUGAUGCCCGAAUUAUGGCUCCUGUCAAAUGACUGUGGAAUUUUGAUAGUUCGGCAUCUCCUAAGGGAAAAAUAGUUCAAAUAUGAGAUAAUUUGACCGAAAAAAAUUUUAAAUUUCAGCCAAACGGGUAUAUUUAUUUAAAAAUUUUUGACCAAAAGUGCUUUGGUGAAAUGCACACUAUCAAAAAGGAAGUAUUAUUGGGCCUGCAGCCCGAAUUAUAUUGAUAGGGGAUGUCGAAAAGAUUGACCCAGGAAGCGGCGAAUCAGAAGAAGAUGUAAUUGUAGUAGACAAGAAUGUGGAGUCCGACUAUGAAAUUGUGGCAGAAGAAAGCAUUGAGCUUAUAUGCACAGAGCAGCUAUUAGACGCACUUUUGUUAACUCGCACUCCUUUACCAAAAAAAAUUUCUAUGUUUUUUUUUUGAAAAAAAUGGCCUGUUUUAUGUGAUUUAUUUAAAAAUAAUUCUUUUAUAUUAAUAUUUUUUAUAAAAUAAUAUAUAUCAAUGCUUACUCACAGCCAAAAAGCAAGAUUUUUCGAUGUUUUUCACUCAAGAAGAGGAGAUUAAGAAACAAUAAGCUCAGAGAAUGGCUUUCAGAAGUAUUAGAAAGGUUGGAAAAAGAAAUAAGGUUAAUUGUGGAGGAUUUUGAUCCUGAAGAUCCUAUUGAGAUCAAGGUAGAAUGCGCAAGAAAAGUUGGCAAAAGACUCAAAAGAAGGCUUUUGAAAUAUACAAAAAGACUUAAUGAAAAGCAAAAGGGGGUUAAUUAUGUACAGAGGCAUCAAGGGGAUGAUUAGAUUAAGUUAAAGCAUAGCGAGUCUCAGAGGAAUUACUUUAUGCCACUAUUCGUCCUACCCUUGGACUUCAUACUCAACUGUUCCUAGUCGCCUGGCAUCACAUCACCCCCUUUUCUUGUCGACGUCACCAAAAAAUGUUGAUGCCAGUAGUCUCCCGGAAACUCACCCAGCCAUGUCUAAAUCUAGCUCUGCAACAGAGGACUCUCUUAACCUAUAGUGCUCAGAGCAAAGAGUCCAAUGUCUACUUUAAGCUACCUUGCCCUAUCAAGGCAUAUGAUUGCUUCAGAGAACUUUUCGCCCAUCCUGGAUUCCCUCAAAGAAUUGGAUGUUGAGAUCAACUCACUAGUCACCAGAUCAUAUACUACUCGCCAUCUUUAAUUUAAAAAAGUCUCAAGAGGAUGAAGAUCCAGAAGAAUUAAAUACAAGCAUUAUACUUUUAGACUCAUUAAAAGAAGCAGGAAUUAACGUAGAAGACAGCAACUUGUUAGAAAUAGCAAAACAUAUAGAAACUGAAUUGCUAGGUGAUGAAGACUUAAGCUGCGUUACCUCCCCUAAUAAAAACCCUAGUGAGUACAGUUCAAAUUCCCCUCAAAAAAUCGCUGAAAAUUUGACUCCUUUUGAAAGUGGUCCAGUCGAAGAUUCCCCAAUUCCUGAAAAGACAGUUGAGAAAAAACCGAAAAACCCUUUUAUGAAAAUUGUUAAAAACUGGAAACCAUAUGCCGCAAAAGACAAUUAUCGCCAUGCAGAUGCAGCUGAUAAAGGAGGAAUUGCUUUAACUGAUAAAAAGCUAUUAUCCUAUUAUCAGUGCAUAUAAGUUUAUUUUUUCUAAUAAUUUAAUAAUUAUUAUUCAAUAUUAUAUAAUAUAAAUACUCUAAGGUCAGCUGGAAAAGAAAUGAUCAAAAUUAUGGGGAAAAAACUUCUCAAAGGAGACUUUAACCUCACAACUAUUUCUUUCCCAAUAAAGUGUAUGCAGCCUAACUCUGCUUUGCAGAUGAUUAUGAGGUCUAUGGCACUUUCCCCUCUUUAUUUAAUAAAAGCAGCGAUGGCAACAAACCCUGUUGAGCGUAUGAAGCUAGUUGUGGCAUCAAAUAUUGCGAAUUUUAUGUAUACAAUUACAUUUCUGAAACCAGUAACAUUUACUUAUCCCAGAUUUAACUAAUGGUCGAACUCUGUUUAGAUUUAUAGUAAAAAUGUCUAUUUGGAAUCAAAUUGAACCAAGCAUUAAUUAAAAUUUGCUUAUAAGAGAAAAUGCAUAGGCUGCUUUUUUUAUGAAAAAUAUUUUAUAUCAAAAGAGCUAGUUAAAUCCUUUACUAGGUGAAACAAUUCACGUUAAGUUAGAAGAUGGAACCGACAUGUACGGAGAACAAACAAGUCAUCAUCCUCCAGUUUCACACUUCCAAAUCAUCGGCCCUGACAAAAUCUACAUGAUGUAUGGGAAUGCAAUUUAUUCAGCCCAUGCUGGCUUUAACUCUGUAACCGUAAUCUCUAUUUAGGUAACCAACAGUGGCAAGAAAACUGUUUCUUUUAAAGAUGGGACUGUUAUUACAGUAAAUUUUCCAAGUGAUAUAUAAUUUCUCCUAUUUUUUUAUUUAUUUUAAUUAAUACCUAGCCUAUUUUUCUUUAAAUUAGCCAUUUUUAAAAUUUUUCAAAAUAUCAGCUAUAGCCUAUCAGAAUAUUUUUCAAAAUACAUUCAUUAUGACCAUCCGCCACGAAAUUAUCGGAAAAAUGGUAUUUGUCGACAAGAAAAACAACUUGGAAUGUAUAGUUAAAAUCGGGCUUGAUGCCAACAAUCCUACUGAUUAUUUCGAUGGAAUGAUCGUAGAAGAAGGCAAAAGAAUCGUAAGCAAGCUGAAAGGAACUUAUAUGGGGUAUAUGGAUUUCGAUGGAGUUAGAUAUUGGGAUGCAAGAUUUAUUGAUCCCUUACCUAUAACCCAAGGAGUCCAAUUGCCGUCUGACUCAGAGCUGAGAGAAGACUUGCUGCUUCUUAGAGCAGGGAAAGUUGAUGAAGCUCAACAAGCUAAAGAAAGAAUCGAAGAUGACCAAAGAAAACUGAGAAAGCUGAGAGAGCAAGGAUUAAAUUUAAAAUAG